CAUCUCCAAUGUGUCAAAACACAAUGAAAGAAAGACUCAACACCAAUGCCUUGUUAUCUAUUGACAAUACCCUUUAAGCCUAAAGCUAGGCCACAAAAUCAAUCACAAGCAUUAUCCCUUGCAAAAAUUCAAUAAUCCUUUUGAACCCUUUUUUUCAGUGGCUAUGAUUCUGCUAUUGUAUUCAUCAACUGCCACUGCCACAUAAAUAAAUUAUACUUUUUGCUACAGACAAAAAUAACACUCACACUUAUGUUGUCACACUUGUAUAACUUAACAUUGUGAAACUACACUUAUUGUUUCUUACUCGGUGCUUCUUCUAUCAAUCUAAGGUUGUAAUAACAACACACUGAACUAUUCUGCAGUGACAUCUGCAAGAAAUCUUUUGCUUCACGAUGCCACCAAAGCCCUUAGACUAUGAGUCGAUUAAUGAAAACGUGAAGAAGGCUCAGUAUGCUGUCAGAGGUGAAUUAUACCUUCGAGCUACUGAGCUUCAGAAGGAGGGCAAAAAGAUUAUAUUCACUAAUGUUGGAAACCCACAUGCUUUGGGACAGAAACCACUGACCUUCCCUCGCCAGGUUGUUGCUUUGUGCCAGGCUCCAUUCCUACUUGAUGAUCCUAAUGUCGGACUGCUAUUCCCUGCUGAUGCAAUUGCAAGAGCUAAGCAGUAUCUCUCAUUCACAUCGGGUGGUUUAGGUGCUUAUAGUGAUUCUCGAGGCACUCCUGCAGUGAGGAAAGAAGUGGCAGAGUUUAUACAGAGGCGUGAUGGUUAUCCAAGUGAUCCAGAGUUCAUCUAUCUUACUGAUGGUGCGAGCAAGGCUGUGAUGCAGAUAUUAAAUACUAUCAUCAGAGGCGAAGUAGAUGGGAUUAUGGUUCCAGUCCCACAAUACCCACUUUACUCUGCAACAAUUGCUCUUCUUGGUGGUACUCUUGUUCCAUACUACCUUGAAGAGACAGCAAAUUGGGGUCUUGAUACUAAUGAACUUCGAAGAUCAGUUAGAGAGGCUCGCUAUAAAGGAUUACAUGUUAAAGCAAUGGUGAUCAUAAAUCCUGGAAACCCUACUGGUCAAUGCCUUAGUGAAGAGAAUUUAAGAGAGGUUUUGCAAUUUUGUUAUGAAGAAAAUUUAGUCUUGCUUGGAGAUGAGGUUUAUCAGACAAAUAUAUAUCAGGAUGAGCGACCCUUCAUUAGUGCCAAAAAGGUUUUGAUGGAUAUAGGGCCACCUUUAAGCAAGGAAGUCCAGCUUGUUUCUUUUCACUCAGUGUCAAAAGGGUAUUUUGGUGAAUGUGGACAACGUGGUGGAUAUUUUGAAAUGACCAACAUUCCUCCAGAGACAGUUGAUGAGAUCUAUAAAGUUGCAUCAAUAUCACUUAGUCCAAAUGUUCCAGCACAAAUAUUUAUGGGACUAAUGAUCAAUCCACCCAAACCUGGAGAUAUUUCUUAUGACCGAUUUGUUAGGGAGAGCAAAGGAGUACUUGAAUCGCUAAGAAGAAGAGCAAGGAUCAUGACUGAUGGAUUCAACAGCUGCAGGAAUGUGGUUUGUAAUUUCACAGAAGGUGCCAUGUAUUCAUUCCCUCAAAUAAAAUUGCCACCAAAAGCUUUAGAGACUGCUAAACAGGCUGGAAAAGCUGCAGAUGUUUACUACUGUCUCAAGCUUUUGGAAGCCACUGGCAUAUCCACUGUCCCUGGUUCAGGAUUUGGACAGAAAGAAGGGGUGUUCCAUUUGAGGACAACUAUAUUACCAGCUGAGGAAGAAAUGCCUGCUAUUAUGGAUAGUUUCAAAAAGUUCAAUGAUGAUUUCAUGGAACAAUAUGAUGACCACAGAGGUUAUUCAAGGUUGUAAUGAAACCGUCCUAAAAGUUCAAUCGAUCCCAUCGAAAAACAUACCCUCCUUAAACCUUAGUUUUUUUUUUUCCUUCUCUAUAUAUCACUGACAAUCUUCUAUGUAUAUUUAAUCUCUAUUGCGCCUGUAUUAUUAUAUGUUGUGCCAUGAUGGCAAACAAUCAUCUUGAAUAUAAUAAUCAUCUCUUCUUUUCCUGUCCAAAAAUAAAUUUAUCUCUA